UAGAGGCGAUAGAGACAAACAGAGGAAUGGAAGACGCUGUAGCCUAGAUGAAUCCGACGGGCAUUUCGUGGACAGCUGUGUGUCAGUAAAAAUUGACACUUUGAAGCGAGAGGUGCCGUGGAUGAUAUUCUGAUGGGUUGUGGAGGAAGCCGGUCCGACACAAUAAUCGAACCGAGGUAUCAUGAAAGCUGGACCCGAGAAACCGAGUCGACAUGGCUCACCAAUACAGACGCCGAGGCUGCUCUCUCCACUAUCAACAGUAAAGGGCUUGAGGGCAUUCAGAAAGAGAAGAGGAUGAUGGUGACCACAGGGACCCAGUGUGGGAAGCAGACCCUCACCAGCUCUGGACCCAACCACCAGACCCUCACCAGCUCUGGACCCAACCACCAGACCCUCACCAACUCUGGACCCAACCACCAGAACCUCACCAGCUCUCGACCCAACCACCAGACCCUCACCAGGUCUGGACCCAACCACCAGACCCUCACCAGCUCUGGACCCAGCCACCGGUGGUCCUGCCACGAUCAAACAAAAAAGGAGUCCAGAAGGAGAGCGUCUAAGGAGGUGACCGCUCCGUCUAAAGAGGUCCAAGCUGUCAGUGGCAGUGGGGAUAACGUCCCACUCAGUCAGGCCUGGGAUGCCGCUCCGUCUAAGGAGGUCCAAGCUGUCAGUGGCAGUGGGGAUAACGUCCCACUCAGUCAGGCCUGGGAUGCCGCUCCGUCUAAGGAGGUCCAAGCUGUCAGUGGCAGUGGGGAUAACGUCCCACUCAGUCAGGCCUGGGAUGAAAGGGUAUUUGUAUCCUGCGUCUGGCCAACGGUUACCCGCAGCAAUGGACAGCGAUGUCUCCAUGGCAGCCAGACCAGAUGUCUCCAUGGCAGCCAGACCAGAUGUCUACAUGGCAGCCAGACCAGAUGUCUCCAUGGCAGCCAGACCAGAUGUCUCCAUGGCAGCCAGACCAGAUGUCUCCAUGGCAGCCAGACCAGAUGUCUCCAUGGCAGCCAGACCCGAUGUAUCCAUGGCAGCCAGACCAGAUGUAUCCAUGGCAGCCAGACCAGAUGUAUCCAUGGCAGCCAGACCAGAUGUCUCCAUGGCAGCCAGACCAGAUGUCUCCAUGGCAGCCAGACCAGAUGUCUCCAUGGCAGCCAGACCAGAUGUCUCCAUGGCAGCCAGACCACUUCCGCUUCUUCAGCAGAACAGCUCUUAUCCUACAAUCUCUGGUUCUUUAACCCUUACUGGGCUUUCAGGGAACUCAUGUAUAAAAGUCCCCCACAAAUCUACAGUUGAGACCUUCAAUGUCAUCUUCUUCCGCAAAAGAAUCACUCAUGUCCAUCUCUCUGCAAACAUUCAUCACAUGUCCAAAUUCUUUGCAAUUGGAACACUCCAACACUAUGGGGAUAUAUGCCCUCACAGGGAACCUCAUAUAUCGUAUCUUGACAUGUGUAGGGAGCACUUGCAUACACCUGUCCAAUCAGUGAUUACUUAAAGGAAAGGAGGAAGGCAGAGUGCACUUUGAAAUAAUUGGAAUGGGGCCUGUGAUUUCAACAUGGCAGGAAUGUUUGAAGUGAAUGGAACAUUUUAUUUAUUUAUUUUACCUUUAUUUAACU